AUGAUCUAUUUUCUAGGCUACGUACCUCCACACAGAAAUCAAGUUUCCAACAAUUUGAAACAUUUAUAUAAUUUUCAUUUAACAGCUCUAAAAGAGCAAUUACAAAAUAUUGAUUACAUUGGUUUAACAUUUGACUUUUGGACAAGCCGUCGUUCUGCUUCAUUUUUAUGCAUUACAUGUCAUUGGUUCGAUGAUAAAUUUGGAUAUUUUUCUAAAGUUAUUCAUUUUUCGUCUUUCAAUGAAAGACACACAGGAUUUAAUAUUUCACGUUCAGUUAAAGAAAAAUUGAAAAGUUUAGGUAUUUAUCAUCAAGUAGUCGCUAUAACAUGUGAUGGUGGUGAAAAUUUGGUGUCAGCCUGCAAUCAACUUGACGGUUCAAUUAAAAGAAUUUGGUACUGUACGCAUCGUUUACACCUUGUAGUAAUUAAUAGUUUAGGUUUUUGGAAUAAAGAAAACAAACUUGAUAAUAAUCCAACAAAUCAUUUAACAACAGAAAUUAUAGCAACAACUACUUCAUAUUCUGAUGUUAUUUCGAAUAACCAACAAGAAUUAAUGGAUACAAGUUGGUCCAAUGAAAAUGAAACAGGUGAAAUGUUAAUUGAUGAAACAAUUGGUGAUGCUGGUGGACAUUAUACAGGUAUAAUUAAUAAUUUUAAUACAAAUGAAAGAUCUGAAGCUGAAAGUGCUACAAUUGUAAAUGAUGAAUCAAGUGAUGAUGAACAAAAUUUAGAUUUGAUUGAUGACAAUUGGUCAGGUAACAUCGACACCAAUGUUCCUACGACAAAUGAAGUUGAAUUAAUAAUGGAUUUAUUGAAAAAAUGUCGAGUUAUAGCAACUCUUUCAAAAAAGUCGUCAAUUGUUUCAAAUUUUAUUCGUACCAAUCAAUUACUAUUUAAACUUAAUAGGACAUUAAACAAGGACUGCAAGUCCAGAUGGAAUUCAACAUUUAUCUUACUUGAUGCUUUAAUUGAUCUUAAACCAGUAAUGAUGAAACUGUUUAAUGAAAAACGAACAUUAAAUUUACGUCGAGUUCAACUUGAUAAAUUGACUAUGAUUGAAUUAAAUAAUGAAGACUGGGAUUUUUUAUCUUCAUUACAUUCUGUAUUAAAACCCUUUUAUUGGGGAACUGUAAUGAUGUCCGGAAAGAAUUAUCCAUCAAUUGGACUUGCUUAUCAUGCUGUACAUAAAAUAAAACACUUUUGUACCAAUGGAAACUCAUCAAAUAAUCACAUUAAAGAAUUAAAAAAAUUAUUAUUGACCAAAUUAUAUACAUAUUUUUUUGAUGAUAUUGAACAGUUUCAAUACUUUCAGCGUCAUGCAUUUUUUGAUCCAGCAGCACAUUUAAGCCUCAGUGACGUUGAAAAAAAUCAAUGUGAAAAAUAUGUAAAAAAUUUGAUAUAUGAUGAUGUUUAUCCAAAGAAACAUUCUACAUGA